GCCUCAUUGAUGUUGCUAGGCGACCGUUUGUUUGGUGUGAACUACUUGACCUGCCUGAGGAAAAAUAGUUACCGCUAGUUAAACAAAAUUUGAAUUUACUGGUUGAAAUACCUCUACAAUUUUUUUCGGGUCAAUAAAAUACAGUUAGUUUGAUAAUGGAUCUUGAAACAGAAAGUAUACUUCGGCUUGAACUGGAGGCUGUUAUUGGCUUUAACGGACAUGUUUCUUCUGGCCUAAGAGUCCACCCAGACAACGAACACAUGAUCUACCCUCUUGGAUGCACAAUCGUUUUGAAGAGAAUUAAAGAUGGCAAACAGGAGUUCUUACAUGGCCAUACAAACAAUGUAACCUGUAUUUCAGUGUCAAAAAGUGGACUGUAUAUUGCCUCUGGACAGGUCAACUUUAUGGGCUUUAAGGCUACAAUAAUAAUCUGGGACUAUGCGACACGAACAAUCUAUACAGAGCUGGUGCUCCACAAGGCAAAAGUAGAGGCACUGGCCUUUUCUCCCAAUGACAAGUACCUGGUGUCCCUUGGGGGUCAAGAUGAUGGCAGUAUAGUUGUGUGGAAUAUUGAGACUAAGCAAGCUAUAUGUGGGAGCCCAGCUUCAGCGCAGAGUGCUGGUCACUCCCUCAUUUUGCAAUACUCAAACACAAAUGACAACAUCUUUGUGUCAGCAGGGAGUGGAACAUUGCGAGUUUGGGAACUGGACCUCCCCAACAGAAAGAUCAGGCCCACAGAGUGUCAGACGGGCAAGCUCAAGAGGACUGUGAAAUGCUUAGAGAUUUCAGAGGAUGAUCAGUUCAUUUUCUGCGGCACCAUGAGUGGAGACAUAAUGAAAGUUAACCUGGAGACAAAGCUCCUGAAUGACUGCGGUCCGGCUAAAUCAAAAUACAGCAUGGGUGUCAAUGUCAUAAAGAUACUGAAGUCUGGGGACCUACUUGUAGGCUGUGGAUCUGGCACUGUCACUUUGUGUUCUGGGACUAACUUCAAAACUCUUAAGAAAGUCGAUCUGGAAAAGGCAGUGACCUCCAUUGCUACAUUAGGAGAUGGAAAGGAGUUUUUUGUUGGCACAGAGGCUGCUCAGAUGUACCGCUUCAGUUAUGAGAAUUUCAAAGUGGAACUCAUAUCCACCAGCCAUAAUGAUGCUGUCAAGGACGUAGCCAUCUUGUUUGGAACAUCUGAACUAUUUGCAACCUGCUCAGAUGAAGAUAUCAGAGUGUGGUACACAGGCAAGCCUAAAGAGCUGUUGCGCAUCACUAUACCCAAUGUGACCUGCAAUUCGGUGGACUUCAUGUUUAAUGGACAAAGCAUCAUCAGUGCAUGGAAUGAUGGUAAGAUUCGUCUGUUUGGACCAGAAAGUGGAAAACUCAUGCUCAUCAUUCACAAUGCACACACAAUGGGUGCCACGGCCAUUGCUGGCACGAGGGAUUGCAAAAGGAUUGUCAGUGGAGGGGGAGAAGGACAGGUGUGUGUUUGGGAGCUGAAGCCACAUAGCUAUCGGUUGCUGGAGGCCAUGAAAAAGCACAAAGCUGCUGUCACUUGUCUCAAAAUCAAGAGUGACGACACAGAGUGUGUCUCUGCAAGCUCUGACGGUACCUGCAUCAUCUGGGACAUAGUGCGAUUCGUAGUUCGUCAAAUGAUGAUCGCCAACACACUGUUCCGGACCGUGUGCUACCAUCCAGAGGAAUUUCAGAUUCUCACCAGUGGCACUGACAGAAAGUUUCCCAGACCGAGGCUGAGGGAUCGCAGAUGGGCCAAGACAACUCACACAGGUGGAAGCCUCUAAUAAGCUGCUGAAAUGAGAUGAGAAAGGUGGAAGGGGUCGUGACUGUGGCAGCGAGGAAGGGAUGGAAAACGAUCUGAGAGAGAAGAAGAGAGAGGAACAUUGUUACAGUAACUUUUAUCAUGGCUAUGCGAAUAAUAAAGUAUAUAAUUUCACCACUAACUUCUUCUUAUUAAUCAUAGAGUAAUGAUAAAAAAAUUUUAAGGCGCUGAUUUUUUUGAAAAGACAUCUCACUAAAUAAGUUAUCGAUUACUGCAGGCCUUAGCUGAGAAGUGAGCAUUGGUUUGUUCAGAUUUAAGCCUUACAUUCUGAUUUGGUUGCAUUAGGAAUUUUUGGUUUCUAUUUCAAAUUAAAUUGUUUCCACCCUGCGGUGGUGUCUGUGUUUUUCUAAAUUAGAUUUUGAAGUGUUAUUUUGAGGAAAUAUAAAUGCGAGCAAGACGUUCCAUCUGAACAGGACAUGCUGAAGCAAAGGAGUAUGGUAGACUUGAACAGCACCCACAGAAUCAAUACUUCAGCUUGUAAGGGGAACUUAUUUCUUUGAAAGUCACUCUGCAUUUCUGAAACUAGAAAAAAGUUUGGGUUUUUUUUGUUGCUGUUGUUGUUUUUUUUACCUUUUUCAUUCCAUGUAAGCACAAUAUUCAAUGUGUGAAAGAUUACAUAUCCCUUAUUAUUUGCCUUCCUAUUAGGCAUAAUGGGCAAAAAAUGAAAUUCUGUUCUCAUAAGCAUCGGGCUCUGUGUGAGCAGCCUUGUUUAACAUGACCUUUACAAAUAGCUAAUUGUGGUAACUCCAUCUCCUUCUCUCAACUCCUUAUUGACUUUGAAAUGCAGUGUGUUUAGCAUCAGUGUUUUGAGUGCUUUACUGCUUUCCAAACAGCUUCUUGACUUUUAAAAUCACAUAGGGUGAACUGUUAAAUCUUCUACUAGAAACUCAUUCAUGACUGAGCCUAAUUUUAAUGAUCAAGUCCAUCUGGGCUUUCAUUUACUCCACCCGAGAAGUAAUCAGGUCGGUCAUAUAAAUAACAAGAAAGGAUUGUUCUCGCUCUGUGGUUUUGUGAUGCUUCUGCCACCUGGGCUAUAAAUAACUUCAACUAACAAUCGCCUUUUGUGAGACUUGGUACUCUGACGGCUGUUAAGCCCUAGAGAUGUUCAGAACUCAUUUAGAUAUAUGAUAGAAUCAAACCAGCUCAUUUUCAUAUAGAGUUAAAAUGAGAAAGCAGUGAAGGUGAGAGUCUGAGGUCACCUAUUGCGUACUACUACCAAAAUAGGAAAUGGUAAAGUGUAUACUGUAUAUAAUGUUGAAUAAAAAUAGCACAAAAGCACAGAGAUGUUUUCACUUGAUCUCAUUAGUAGCAGUCUGCAUAGCAAGCCCAUCAAUCGAAAGGCUGUGUAUGCUUUAUCAGUCAGACUCCUUUUUCUCCUUGUUAGAUAUGAUUCUGUCCCACAGUAAAUGUGUAACCUUCAUCUCCACUUAGGCUCUCUGUGCAUUGU